AUGGCGACGAACGGAGUCAAUGGUAACCAUUCCAAGGGAAAUGCAGCAGUGGAGGACAUUGUCAUCGUCGGAGGCUCGCUCGGCGGCCUCUUCGCCGGCGUAGCGCUCAAAUACCACGGCUACAACACCAUCAUCCUCGAGCGCACGCCGCAAUUCCUGCUCGAGAACCAAGGCGCGGGAAUCGUGGCCGGCGGCGACACGAUCAAGUUCUUUGAAAAGUACGACCGGUCCGAGAAGCCGUGUGCCGUGCCGAGCUUCAAACGCAUCUACUUGAAUCAGAAGGGGGAUAUUAUCCAUGAGGAAGUCAACCGCCAGAAUAUGACGAGUUGGGAUCUGGCGUAUUACUUGCUGCGUGCGAAUUAUGAUCGUGUUGACAGUGCGUAUUUGGAAGGGGGAAAGUUGCCUGAGGUGAGGGAUGGGGAUGGGAAGGUGGAUUAUCGGUAUGGGUGCACUGUUACCAGCCUCGAGGAUGAGGGGGAGUAUGUGACUGUGCAUUUCAAGAGGAAGCUGGAGGACGACUCGGAGGUGGAGAACUCGUUGAAAACGAAGCUGCUCAUCGCCGCCGACGGCCCCAGCUCGACCAUCCGAGCGCUCUUCGAGCCCGAGAUCGAACGCGAGUUCGCUGGCUACUGCGUCAUCCGCGGCACCGUCCCCGAAACCGAAGCCUCGCAAGAAGCCCUCGACGUCUUCCGCGAACGCUUCUGCUUCUUCCACGCCCCCGGCAUCCAGAAUCUCACCUACACCAUCGCGGGCAAAAACGGCGACACCACGCCGGGGAACCGCUUGUUGAAUUUCGUCUGGUACGCCAACUUCCCCGAGGGAAGCGAGGAGCUGGAAAAGAUUAUGACGGACAAGGACGGCCGCCGCCGUCGCAUCACCAUCCCGCCUGGCAUGAUCUCGUGGGACGCGUGGGAGUUGUUGAAGUCCAAGGCUGUGGAGCGGCUGCCGCCUCAGAUGGCGGAGAUGGCGCACAAGAGUAAGACGCCGUUUGUGCAGGCCAUUACGGACGUUAUCUCGCCUAAGAAUCUGUACAUGAGCGACAAAGUGGUGUUGGUGGGGGAUGCGUUGGCGGGUUUCCGUCCGCAUACUGUUGCUUCUACUAGCCAGGCGGCCUUUGAUGUGAUGAGUGUGGCGGAUUGGCUGGAUGGGAAGAUUGAUCGGACGCAGUUUGUCAAGCAGGUGAUGCAAUACGCGAGGCUAAUCCAAUAUCGCGGCAAAUACAUCGGAAACCGCUCGCAAUUCGAGAGUCGAGAGGUGCGGGAGUACAUUGAUGACAGGAACAUGAUGAGCAUACCGAGGUGGGAUCUCGAGUAUCCGGAGUGGACCCAGAAGGGACUGGACUCGAUAUAG